AUGUGGUUCCCACAAUUGUGUUCUUACAGACGUGGCAUCACAACUAUGUUUAAAUAUGCCUAUUUGGCGAUCCCGGCGUUUAUGUCCCUCAUGGUGGUAGAGUGGCUGGUGAUGAAGGCAAAGCAGGAACCUCCAAUCCGCUUUAACGACUGCAUCACUUCAUUCUCCCAUGGAAUUCUGCAGACUGCAUUAGGGGUGCUGGUUCGUGGCCUCCUUCUGUUCGGGUAUGGAUGGGCGUACCAGUGGCGUCUCUUCGACCUGGACUGGACUUCCCCUUUGACCUGGUGGUUGGCUGCCCUGGGGAUCGACCACGGGUACUACUGGUUCCAUCGAGCCGCUCAUGAGAUAAACUUCAUCUGGGCGAGCCACCAAGUCCACCAUUCCUCAGAAGACUACAACCUCUCCACUGCCCUCCGUCAGUCGAUGCUUCAGCGUUAUUUCUCCUUCGUCUUUCACCUUCCUCUGGCUCUCGUGGGCGUUCCUCAUGCGGCUGCCCUGGUCCACAUGCAGUUCAAUCUGUUGUAUCAGUUCUGGAUCCACACGGAGCUGGUCGGGAAGUGCGGGCCGUUGGAGUGGAUUCUGAACACCCCGUCUCAUCAUCGGGUUCAUCACGGAGCGAACAAAUGGUGCCUAGACAAGAACUAUGCGGGCGUCCUUAUAAUAUGGGAUCGGUUAUACGGAACAUUUGAGGCGGAGCGGGAAGACGAAGCCAUUGCUUACGGAUUAGUCAGCCAACCGCAGUCACUCAAUGUCCCUUGGCUUCAGUUCUUCUACUUCGGCGCAGUGUUCCAGAAGGCUCGGAGCAUGAGCACCUGGGGCGACGCCCUCCGCGCCCUCUUCUACGGACCCGGCUGGUUCCCCGGGACGCCC